AUUCAGUAUGCCUUUUUACUUGUCUGUUGCGUUGACCGUUGACAGUUGACCAGUUGACAGUUAACACCGCAGCAGCAACUAACAAUUUUCAGUAUUUCAAUUUUCAGUGCAUACGGUGCAUCAUAGGUGUUUAAUCGUUGUUAAUAGAUAAAUGGCCCAGCCCCCUUGUAAAAGAACUAGAUUGGCGAUUUCUUCAGACUUGGAAACUCUGUCCGGAAUAAGUGAAAAUAUGGAUGUAACAACCGAAAACAGAAGUGUAGAGGUUCUAGGAGCUGGUGCCCAAGGACUUGAAGGGAAUGGGCAAAGUAAUUCUGACGACAAUAAAGAUUGUCUUAUAGAAUCAGAAGAAUUUGAGCAGCUUCUCCUUACGUCUAAUGCGUUUAUUGACAAAACGCUAUUUAUAAAAAAAUUUUUUCGAGGAAGUCUAAACGAAAAAUCAGGGGCAAAGAAAAUUCUCAUCACAGCACCUAGUCGAUUUGGUAAAUCGGUAAUCAUGAAUACCUUGAAGGUGUUCUGUGAACCAGAUGUGGAUGAACAAGGAAAUAUCGUUACCUGUUUGAAAAAGAAUGUAGCCGGAAAAUGGGUCGAAGAUAAAAACAAAACUCCACCAAAAAAUUACAAACUAUUCAAGACCGUUAUUAGAAACAAGCACUUGCAAAUUUACAGCUGCACCUGUCCUACAAAGCACAUGGACGACGAUUUGGAAAAUGGAACAUGCGACAGCAGACAAUUCUUCUACCAACAUUGUGGUCAGCAUCCAGUAAUUUUCUUUAGCUUGAAGGAUAUUUCGCCUCAUAAUUGGAACGGGUUUAUUAAGACACUCAAAGAAAGUCUGUGUCAAACAUAUAAAAAGCACAUGUAUUUGGGUGACCAAAGAGGUCGUUUAGAUGAGGAUAUGAAGCUAGAGUUUAAUUUGUUUCUUAAGGGUAAGAAACGUGAUUUGGAUAAGGAAGGUCAACCAAUUACCUUGAAGUUAGAUGAAGAAGAUUUGCGAUAUUCUUUAUACAAUUUGAUAGAAUAUUUGUACAUCCAGUUCAAUAAAAGAGUGCUGAUAUUGAUCGAAGAAUUCGACGCUCCUCUUAUGAAGUUGCUACAUGGAUCACAAAGUAUUGAACUAGCGUACGUAAAGAAGAUCAUUGAGUAUAUCGGGGAACUGCUCAGUACCGUUCUAAAAGGUAAUGAGAAGGUAUUAGGUGCAUUGAUUAACGCCUGUGUUUUAUUGUCAACAACUAUAUCACCGUACGCGAACAAUGUUUCUAUUUGUCCAUUCCUAGAAAAUCAUGGUUUCUCUGAAUAUUAUGGAUUCACCAAGGAUGAAGUAGCAGAUUUACUAAAGAUGCCUGUAUUCAAGGGUUUUAAUGGAAACGACAUUUUAUCUUAUUAUAAUGGCUAUAAAGUGCUUGGCACAAAUCUGCAGAUAUAUAACACAUAUUCUGUUUUAAAAUACCUCCAGGAUUGGAAAGAUGCACGUGAACGCGAGAAACGUGAAACUAAUAAGAGUCCAGAUAUGAAGAAGCACGCACCUAGAUCUUAUUUUAGUAGCCACGGGAUUCAACCAUUGAACAAACUGUUUGCAGUUGAGGGUCUUAGAGACAAAUUUAGUUGUAUUAUUACCGAAGGUACAGUUACUGUAGAGAAGCCUGUGGAUAAGUUGACACCUGAACACGUUAUGAUACUGAUGGAAGUGAUGUUACAACCUAGUGAGGUCGAUGACGAACAUGCCAAUUUAUUCCUCCAGUAUAUGAAGGAUCGGGGAUAUUUCAACAUAAUUGAACGGAAUCGAAACCAGCAUGUUUACGUUAUACCAAAUGGUGAAGCAACAGACGAAAUUCUUUCUCAGUUUUAUGAUACAUCGUACUUUAAGAGCAAAUACAAUAUUAGUAACGAGAUGAUUAGAAAAUAUAGGACGGCUAUAAAUGAUUUAGAUCGUCACAAUAAUGAAUCAUUUCAAAAGUUCGCAGAUUCCAUUGCAAGCUUAUUUUCUGGAAGUUUCAAGCCAAAGAAUCAUGAUGAACUUAAGGGUAUUCUCUAUGCUUUUUGUGUAAACAAAUUCGAUACAUUGUGCGAAGGAUUUUGUCAAGAAAAUAAAAGAAAUCGAUUUGACUUACUGUUAAUAAGAAAGGAUGGCACAGGAAUAAUUAUAGAAGUGAAGUUUGGUCAGAGGAGUGCACAAAAUGGUCUCAAACAAAUUUUUGACAAUGAGUACUAUAAAGCUUUUGAAGGAAAGAAUAUUACAAAAGACAAAAUAUAUAUUGGGCUACACACGAACCAUCAAAAAGUAACUGUCUGUGGUUUUGCAACAUCUUAUGAACAGGUUGUUGACUCUUUCGCAAAUAUUUCUGAUGACAAGCUGAUCGUAAAAUCUAGUAAAUUGUAAAGGAUAUGUAUCAUAUAGCUUAGUUCACAUAAAUCCCUUAUGAAACUUAACUUUUAGACGUUCCGUCGGAUUAUAACAAAACGAAAAAAAAAUUGAAAUUAUCGUUUAUGUUAGCUAAGCUGAUAUAUGGUACCGAAUUUGUUUAUGUUUAUACAUUUCUAAAAACUGUGUUUCUGUACAAAAUGUGUUAUCUCAUUUACGAACGGUAGAAGUGUGAAAUUUGUUUACCUAGAAUAAAAUGAGAUUGAAAACGAUAAUUUUAUGUAUUUAAUUUUAUUGAUAUAGGUUGUCUAGACAGGAUUUUUUAAGUCUAAAUGUUUUUGUAUGAUACUAACUUUAUUAUAAAAAAUGAUCAAAAUAUUAACAAUGUUUCAUGUAAUAAAAAACGACCUGUCAUAUUUUGUGACCCAAGAUUAUUGAUUUCGUUCCCACAGUUGGUUCUGAACAGUAUAUAGACAGACACACACUGCUCUAGAUGGCGCUAACUAUAUUGUUUUGCUUUUUAUAAACUGGCCCAAUUUAAACUUUAUUAUUUACAAAAUAUAAAAAUGUAUAACGGUUUAAUAUCACAAAACAAAAAAAAAACAAUUUUAGUAAGUAGUUGUCUUACAAAAACAAAUUAUAAAAAAACGAAUUUUACGUUGGCAUCGUUACUUAGGUGUAAUAAUAUUUUUUUAGCCAAUGUAAAAUCCUAACAAUUAGGAUGCGAAUGAACUUGUGAUAAUAUUGUGUCUAGAAUUCCAUUAAGAUAUGCAAACCAAAAAAAUCAGCUAAAAAUUUAAAAGUAUUGAUUGUUAAUCAGAAUAAGAACAAUUUCUAUAACGGAAAAAAAAUUGCUUUUACAGUAAACCCGUUUUUUUUAACGAGUAGGCCGAUGUAUCAGCGUAUUUUUGAAGGAUACCAACGCUCGACCAUCGACCGUUUUCUGUUAGAGUAUAAUAAAAACUCUCUAAUAAAAACGCUCAGAAGUCAAAAUGCGUUAUUCGUUAUCAAAUUUAAGCGCUGCACGAUCGAGCGUAUUCAGCGUAUUACGUGCGUGUUUACCUUUAAAAAAUAAAUUUAAUUUGGAUACAAUAAUUGUUAUGUACACUAGUGCGUAGCAUGCGAAACGAAUUUCAUUUUUUAAUAAAUAAGAAAAUUAGGACAGACACUAUAAGAUCUUUCAUUCGAAAACGACUGUACAAGAGCCAUUAUGGGCGUGUUGGUAAGAUAUUUGCUUUCAAUCCAAGGGGUCUCGGGUUCGAACCCCCGCGGAUCCAACUUUUUUUUUUAAAUUUCGUAAUAUUGCGCAAUUUGAUGUAUUAUUGUAGCUGAUUAGAAAUUAUAAUGGACAAGACAUAAAUAGCUCAGUUAGAAAAGAGUGAGACAGAUAAUUACAAGGUUUUGAGUUCGAUUCCUAUCGCCGCUUUUUUUAUUGAGAAUGCAGUUGUUCUUAAAUCUGAACUGGUGAGAUCUCGAGUGGCCAUAGAGAUUGAGGACCCACGAGGAUUGACGGGCAACUGAGUGCUGCCAAAUAUUCUCAAAACAUUUCUCGGUUUUGGGACUCUUCCAUCUAUUCAUGACUUACAGUAAUAUCGAACAACAAUGACCUGUCUGUCCUGUUGAUUCGCCAAAGGCUCAUGAGUCGAAGACGAAUUCAGGAUUGAUGGUCGUGCCGAUGAUUCUCGUCGAUAGACACAUACCUAUAAACGGUAUAAGCUGUCGUGAAAGAGGAGAUGCUGUAAGAAUAGAUCGGAUUGUAGUCGGAAUGGAAACGGGGAAUGUUUUGCACUUAUUUUUAUUAAUUCUGUAAAUAUUCUGAAUCCAAGAAUUAUCAUGAAGGCAUAGUCGAAUAUUGGGGUGUUGAAUUUGAUAAUUAAGACACAAACCGAACAUGUUUACGAUAACAUUAAAGUUUUAAUAGCGAUCUCUAAAUGAAAAUCCAUAAUGGAGUGUUCAGAUAUUUUAGUAGACUUCGAACAAUUAGGUGUAUCUUUUUUAUGUGCGUAUAAUAGUUGAAUACAGUUGGGGUAUGCAAAAUUUAUUUGGUAAUCAUUUUUAACACCUUUGCCAUGCGCCAAUUGGCUUGGUCCAGAAAUGAAAAGCUAUAUUUUUGGGGUAUCUAAAAACUAGGGAAUUUAUAAAGGUUUUUCCUGGUUUUUAAAGUAAUUUUACUUGGAGUGUCGAGGAUUUUAAGUCGCUUUAAGUUGUAUUUCAUUGAUUUUUUCCAUGCGCCAAUAGGCUUGGUCCAGAAAUGAAAAGCUGUUUUGAGGUGUGUGAAAUCUAGACAUUUUGACAAUGGUUUUGAGGUAAUUUUACUUGAUUUUUGCAUGCGCCAAUUGGCUUGGUCCAGAAAUGAAAAGCUAUUUUUGGAGUGUCUAAAAUCAAGGCAUUUUGUAAGUUUUUUACAUUUUUUCGGAUGGUUACUUUUGGGAAAACAGUAAAUUUGUAGGAUUCUACCCUGUUUUUCGUGUGCCCAACUUUUAGUGGCCUACACAUAUUUGGGAACUUUUGGGGUGGAUAAAAAUUCAUGAUUUUUGAGAGGUUUUAGGCCCUAUUCGGUUGUUUGCUUUUGGACAAACAGCUAAAUUUGUAAAAUUUUGCCUUGAUUUUUAAGACGCCAAAUGUUCUGGCCCAGAAGUAACAUUCUAUACUCUACUGCGGAUAUUUAAAAUAGUAUUUCUGAUUGGUCUGUUUUAUUGUCGAGUGUGUCCAUCUCUAUCAAAUGGCAAUCACUUUGCAUUUUUUGUGCGUUAGAUAAACAAGAAGGAGGUACGGUCUAUAUUUUUAUUGGUCAAUCUACGCAUUCUUGGAACAAAUCAGACGGUAAACCGGCUCUGGCUCUUCCCAGGAAAAUAAAUAGAAUUUCGACUUCGAUGAUGUGUUUCCGGUUUUAUGCAAAUUAAUUUCAUGAUUUUUUUGUCAUUCGAAAGCAAACGAAUGCCACAUAAAAAUUAUCACUAACCCCAAAAGUACUUUGAAUUUUUAAGUAAUUAAUCGGUUAUUAAUAAUAAUUUUUUGCACAAAACAGCAUUUAAGCAUUAUUUUUUAUUAUUAUUACGCAUUAUUACUUUACUAAAAAAUACAUCUAAAAAUAUUUUUUUUUACAUUUUACUAAAUUAAAUAUUUUGUUUUGAUUAGACAUGUUUUGAAAUUCUGAAGUAACUAAUGUUUUUUUUUAAAUAAAAACAUUAUUUAAUAAGUAAAAAAUAAAAACAUUUUUAGGAUCCUUGGAGAAUUUUGCGUAUGAAAAUGAUAAUAAUAAUAAUAAUAAAUAUAAUAUAAAAAAUUCACGAUGAGUAAUAGUAAAAAAAACCUGAGUACUACACAAAACAGAAAAAUGUCUUUGAAGAAAGUCAGAAAAAAAUGCAAAAUGAAGCUAAGUUUAUAUAAAAAACAAAAACUUUUUAAACAAGGUCAGAGUGAUUUUUUUAAUCAAUAUCUUAGAAAACGAAGGAGACAUUUAAAAAUCCAGUGCAUUACGUUUGGUAGCAUUACAAAAAACUCUUUCAGAUUUUUAAUUUAAUUUCUAAAACUAUUUUGAAUUUAUAGAAAAAUUCAAAAUAAUUUUAGAACUGGGUUUGCUAUUUCAUUUAUUUAAAAUGGUUGAAUGGAUGGUUGAUUUAAAAUGUAUAAUACAAAAAAACGUCAUCAGUUGAUCCAGAAUUGUAAAAAUUAUAGAGGAUGUUCUGCCUAAACAGAAACUCCAAGCCUUAAAAAAAUACAUCUAAAAAUAUUUUUUUUACAUUUUACUAAAUUAAAUAUUUUUUUUUGAUUAGACAUGUUUUGAAAUUUUGAAGUAACUAAUGUUUUUUUUUAAUAAAAACAUUAUUUAAUCACUUUUGAACGUAACUUUAAUACUAAUAAUUUUGAUCUAAAGACAGUUUUAAAGAAAACGCGCUUUUCUAAAAAAAUAUUACACAAAAAUUAAGAAUCCUGGAAAAGCAAGACCACCAUUACUUUAAAAAGUUUAAAGUUAAAUCUGUACCAACUGUUUAGCGCAUUGUAAUUAGAAACGUAAAAAAUCAAGAGGUUUGCUAAAAAUUUAAUCAUUUAAUUAUUAAUUAUUUUGAUCAGGAAGAACCGUAGAAAAGUUCUGAAAAAAUACACAAGCUGAGAGAAAAAAAAGAAGUAUUUAAUAUCAGACGCUGAUUUCUGUGUGAUUUUUAGUUUUUGAAAUACAGGAAAAGUAUAGAUACUUUUAGUACAUAAAAUAGUAUUUCUCUUAGAGGUACUAAAAAUAAUGUUGCACAUUAUUUGAUUUCGUUAUUUUUUUAGAAUAUAAUGGUCAUUUGGUGAUUUUUUUAUUGAAUUUGGAAUUUUGUUAUUUUAUUAGUGUUUUUCUAUUCUAUCGGUGAAAAAAUUUAACAAAAAUUUCUCAAUGUACCUAUAAGAAAAAACGUUGUAUUAUACACGUAAAAAAAAGUUGGCAGUUGAACAACUUUUCUUUAUUUGUAUAAUUAACUACUAUAAUACAAAUUAUAAUUAGCAGACUCACCUUCUAGUACAUAAAAUAGUAUUAAUACCUUCGAUUCUGUACAAAUACAAGAACAACUGUAGACACCGAUUUUUCGAAGCUCAGAUUAGAUUCCAGAACAUGGUAGCAUUUUUGAACACAUUUUAAUAAAUUAUUCAAGUGGUUAUCGUCAAGGAAAAUAACUCCAACUGUUUUAUUUUAAUAAUUAUCGGAUCAUUUUUCAUUUCUAAUGCGUCGAAAUAACGAACCAUAAAAUGAAAUGCAGACCGAUUUUAAUGAACUUGAUUCGAAAUCAUCGAAAUCCAAGUAUGAGACGAAUCAGAAUCGAAAACCAAUAUUUGGCCUUAAACAGCGAGGUCAUCAUCCUUUGCUGAAUCUUUCUCACGAAAUAAAACAAAUUUGUUCUUCGACUAUUGAUCUCCGCCUGGUUGAAGGCUGAAGCUAAACCGCUUUGUUCGUAACCACCUUUUAACCAAGUGCUGUUUUGCAACUCGUUCAGUUCCAAAGAUCCAUCCAAACAAUGAAGACUCUCACAGCCUUCGCCGCAGUAAUUUGCAUCUCCUUGGCCGACGACACGGCCUUGAAAGAAUUCACUUCAGGCAAUAAUUUGUUUACCACAUCAAUUUACAAAG